AUGCCUGCUGCUUCUGAUGUUGAAAAUGCUGGCGACUACUUCGAGGUGAAGCAAGGGUCCUCUGAGUUGAGGAAGCUGGCUUUCACGGUCGAAGAUGCGAGCUACAGCUGUCCGGAUGGCCCUUCGUCGAGCCUUGAGGAGACGGGCAGAACGAGCUGUUGGAAAGGGGGCGCAGGGGAAAACGGCUGGGUGCUUCUGAGGCUGCAUGAAAAGGCGUUGCUAUCGUUUUUGAGGGUUCGCAACCGAUCCACUUCGGAGAUCUCCAUAUCGAUCUCCGUCCGGGGGAAACGACGGAGAGACUUUGUUGAGGUGAAGCGAGGGGUGGGACUGGCGCACGGCACCCGUACGGACGUGAAGAUCGGACACCUUCCCUGCGUCUACGUUCGGGUGGAGUGCCGCCGAAGGAAGACGGGUUCCGGCGGCGUUUCCUUAUACGAGCUUGUACCGGUGGGAGUCCCAGCCAGGUGCGUGGGGCUGUUUAUGGGACCGUGCAUGGAAGACCUGAUGUACAAGAGCACGGAGCGCCUCUUGUUCGGCCCAUCGCUGAGGACGAGCCACGACCCUGUCUGCCACCGCGCUGUGCUAGAGCGACUGAUAUUGCCGCCGUCCUUCCUCCGGCCCGCGGGGGGUGCCGUGAAUCCCUACGACCCCGACCCCGUCAGAAAGGGUCCCACCAGCACCGGCGGCGGCGCUUCGCACGCGCUGUUGCACACUCACCGGCUGCUGUCGCCGACACCGUCGCCGGGGUUAGCGCCGAGAGGGGAAGGCCUCCGUAGUCCUCAUCUUCCACCAUUUCCGGAUGCCGCAGCAAGCGCCGCCGCUGCCGGUGCUACUUCUGGGGUACAUUUUUUUCGCGGCGGGAGAAAAGACGAGCUUCCGAUUGAUGUCGGGCGGAGGCAAGGCCAUGGGGGUGUAGUCUCGUUUGACGAGGGUUCCUCUCCUGCUGCGCACCCGUAUCCCCCCCGCGAGGAAGAAAACAGCGCCGGCGCCGGCAGCAACAGUAGCGCCGGAGUCGGUCGGAGAGGUGGCGUACCCCUUCCCUACCAGGGUAUGGCAGCACGGGCCUCCCAUGAUCCCUUUGGACACCUUACCCAUGGACCGGUUGCCAACGCCGCCGGUGUUGCUGGCACUCCUGCUGAUCGCAACGCUGAUCCCGGAAGGGAAAAUGAAACUGAAGGGCGUUUGACCGCUCCUCCGCUAGAGCAACAGCCCGAGCCCCGACAUGCGUACAACAGUAGCGGUAACGGGGGAGGUCAUUUCUUUGGGGCGAGGACGGGCGCCGGUGAUCGCCGACCGUCGGGUGGUUCCGUCGCAUCCGCGCGUCCCUUUCCGGUGCAUCGGUGGGGCGUCGAAGAAAGGGACGAAGGCGGAGCGGGUGUAGACAGUAGUGGCAAUCUCGACGGCUUGAGAAGACCAAAGGGCAUCGAGAAUAAAGAGAGGCGGAAAGAUAGCUUUGGUCCUGAUUUUGGCUACGACGAAGCGAGGGCGGGAGGGAGGAACAGCAGUCCCUACCCUCUCGGGAGUCAUUCGUCGGAGGAGGAGGAGGAGGAGGAGGAGGGAGACAGCUUAUCGGACUACGCAGGGUAUUUCAGGGGGAAUCACAGCAGGGACAAUGCUGGGAUUUCUUCUGGCGGGAGCGAACGGGGUGGUGUCCUGAGUGGACCGCAUCGCCAUGCAGCCGUGGCGUAGUAGGAUCCAUCUGGUGCUUUAUGAGAAUACAAACCCGUAUCCAGAUGUUGGGUAAUGUUUCUGAGUUGUGGCGGGUGGGACUGGGGGAUGUAUGGAUGGAAGAUCGAUACCACUGAAAGCACGUGCGUUUAGGGGGUGAGUACGGCGGAGCACUACUCCCAGCGUAGAAGAGUCGUACACAACAAGCUUGAACAAUCGGCAAGUAAACCCGUACCUGUGUGAGAGGGGUUGGCGGAAUGCGGCCGGCAUUCUUGCUGCCCUAUCUGCAUUUUAUAUUGUUAUUUUAUAGCUUGCGUUGACGCUGUGUGUUGUUGGUUGCCUGCUGCUUUCAUCCAUUGCGGCCGCGCCUUAUCGAGGAAUAUCUACGCACGCGAACCAUAAACUCGUUUCCCCCUCGAGCGAGACUUCGUGCAGUCGGCUCGGAGAAAAAUAUCCUCUCUGGUUACCUUGCUGACCGCCUGCCUCAUUGCCUGGUGGGUACUACGGUAGGGGGUGGUGGUUCAGUGUUGCGCGGUGAGGGUAUCGAAUCUUCUGAAGGAUUCGCAAGGACCUUGGAUUUUGGCGUUGAGCACUGCCUUUCCCCCAAACCGGUGCGUGGGCCCAACACCGAGUUAGGUGUGCCCGUCGGGUCACCUUGUGUACUUGCCUUUUUGACGAAUGUUGACCGAGCGCUUGGUACUUCCUACUCUGGAUUUUAGUCCUGUCGACCUGACGGUCACUUGGGGUUGUUCAUCACACGUCGGCGAUUGGAUUGGCAACGGCCGGACCGUUCAGUCACAACCGGGCCGUUCACGGCCGGCCAUGUCCAUGUGGGUAGAGAUGAGCAACAAGUAGGAUUCUGUGCAUGCGUUUUGACAUUUAUUGUACCAGCGUUGUUAACCAUCGAGAGAACUCUGAACCUGUGUUUUGAC